UAUGGGUAUGAAUACCUAGGAUCAGCUGACCAUGAGAUAUUAACCCCAGUCACUGAGAGAAUGUUCGUUUGUUUAACCCAGGCUGUCAAAUUACAUACUGGAUCAUUAGUUGUUGGUCCUGCCGAGAGUGAGAAAGGAAGAAUUGUAGAAGAAUUAUCGCGAUGUUUAGGCCACGCCCACUAUAGUUUUAACUGUACCUCCAUCAUGGACCAUUAUCAACUACAAGAUAUCUUCCGUGGAAUGGCUGCCACUGGUUGCUGGGUGAAUUUUAACAACCUCAACUAUUGUCAGCCAGCAGUACUGAGUAUCUUCGCUCAGUUAAUGUCAACUGUCAUGGCCGCUCUACAAGCUGGGAAAAAAUCAGUUCACCUACAAUCUGACGACAUACAACUCAGUCCACUUGGCGCUUGUUUUGCUCUGCUGGAU